UGACUCUAAGAAGAGCUGACUGAAGACAGCAUUUCAGGUGCCGUAGAACCAGCUACUCAACAUGUCUCCACUGUGGCUGCUCCUGGGCCUCCUGGCCUUGACUGGCUCCUCUGAAAGCAGCAGUUGGGGAUGCUAUGGAAACAUCCGAACCCUGAACACCCCAGGAGCAUCUUGUAUGAUUGGAAGACGGCAUGGCCUGCCUUACUGUGGAGUUCGUGCCUCUGAAAGGCUGGCUGAAAUAGACAGGCCAUAUCUUCUGAGAUACCAACCCACGAUGAGAAUUGUUGGCCGGAAAUACUGUAUGGAUCCUGCAGUGAUCGCUGGUGUCUUGUCAAGGGAGUCUCAGGGUGGCAAUUUCGUGGUCGACAUGGGCAACAUGGGUAAUGGAAUCGGGGUGAUACAGGACGCAAGCUUCUACCCUCCCACAUCUUGGAAGAGUGAUUCCUGGGUUUCCCAGAAAACUGAGAUCCUGACAUCUAAAAUCAAAGAAGUCCAGGCAAGGUUUCCUAGCUGGACCCCCGACCAGUACCUGAGAGGUGGACUCUGUGCCUACAGUAAGGGUCCGACCUUUGUCCGAAGCAACCAGGAUCUAAACUGUGACUUCUGCAAUGACGUCCUUGCACGAGCCAAAUACUUCAAGAACCACGGCUUCUAACACCUCAGAUGACACUCAGUUCUGGCGCCGUACAGGAGACUCCCCUAUUCCACCAAUUUGGCUAGCGGGUGGAGACUGCAACCUCGAAUCUGAGUUAGAUUUGAAAGCUGUCAAAUUAUCAUGAAUCACAUUAAAGGAAAAGUCAUUACCUGCAUUAUAGACUGUGUCCUUUUAAAACAUUUCCCCAGAUGUGAGCUCUACUACGCAUAUCUUUGAGAUGAGUCCUAUGUCUCCAGGGAUCCAACGGCCAAGUUCAGCAAAUAAAGCUCAGGAAACCUAGAAUACAUGUCAAUUACUCUUCAGCACUGAGUUUGGGGCAGUGUUGGGACUUGAACCCAGAGCCUCAUGUGUACUGAGCACGUGCUCUAUCACCUAGCUAUCUCCA